UGUCGUUCAUAGCUCAAUGGUGCGAUUGCCUGUACUUCCGGAGAACGUAAACCUUUCACGAACAGCGAGAUAGCAAGAAGAAGAAAAAGAAUGAAAGGGUUGCUAGUCUGUCUCUAUUGACUGAUAAUUAUACAAUAUUUAUAUUUGAUAGAAUUAAAUACAUUCGAACACUUAGGUGAAUCGCAAGAGGCGUCCGAAUCAACAGCAGGAGUACCACAGCUAAAGUCUCCUAUCUCUUCCCUGGUCCGACCCCGAUGUCAAGCACAUCGGCCAGCCACCACAGUGAGUGGUAGAGGGGGGCGAAGGGGCAGCCAGCGGCCCUGUGCCAGUGACGGGGCUGUGGUGGGCACGGCCCGAGGCCUCUAACUGGAUCCCUCGAAGCAGCAGCCGCCGCCCGGCGGUGCCCGCAGUGCCAUGGACCAUCCAAAAGAGGGUGAACGGCCGGCGAGGAGCAGCAAGGUGGCACAGGGGCGCAGCGGGCACUCCAGACCCUCCAGCUCCUCAGCCUCCUCCGGGGUUCUCAUGGUGGGACCCAACUUCCGCGUGGGCAAGAAGAUCGGGUGCGGCAACUUCGGAGAACUGAAGCUCGGUAAAAAUCUCUACACCAACGAGUAUGUAGCUAUUAAACUGGAACCAGUCAAGUCGAGGGCACCACAGUUACAUUUGGAGUACCGGUUCUACAAAACAUUAGGAAGUACAGCGGAAGGCCUGCCCCAGGUGUUCUACUUUGGGCCCUGUGGGAAGUAUAAUGCCAUGGUUCUAGAGCUGCUGGGCCCCAGUUUAGAAGACCUCUUUGACCUUUGUGACAGGACCUUCUCACUAAAGACUGUAUUAAUGAUUGCCAUUCAGCUGAUCUCCCGGAUGGAGUAUGUGCACUCUAAAAACCUAAUCUACAGAGACGUAAAGCCUGAAAACUUUCUCAUCGGGCGCGGAGGAUGCAAAAAAGACCACAUUAUCCACAUCAUUGACUUUGGCCUGGCCAAAGAGUACAUCGACCCUGAAACCAAAAAACACAUCCCGUACCGGGAGCACAAGAGCUUAACCGGGACGGCCCGAUACAUGUCCAUCAACACACAUUUGGGAAAAGAACAAAGUCGUCGAGACGACCUGGAAGCCUUGGGUCACAUGUUCAUGUACUUCCUCCGUGGGAGUCUACCGUGGCAAGGACUAAAGGCUGAUACACUGAAAGAACGAUACCAGAAGAUCGGAGACACGAAAAGAAACACUCCCGUUGAGGUUCUCUGUGAGAGCUUCCCAGAGGAGAUGGCCACCUAUUUGCGUUACGUAAGACGGUUGGAUUUCUUUGAAAAGCCUGACUACGAAUACCUGAGGACCCUGUUUACAGAGCUGUUUGAACGGAAAGGAUACACCUUCGAUUACACCUACGACUGGGUCGGCAGGCAGAUACCAACACCAGUGGGGACUGUCAACAUGGACUCUGGGGCAUCUGCCAUCACGAGAGAGAGCCACCCGCACAGAGACCGGCCCUCGCAGCACCAACCCAUUAGGAAUCAGACGGCAGCUUCUGACCGGAGGGGAGCAUGGGAAGUGCAGCCCAGUCGGACAAACUCCUCCUACAUGGCCUCCCACCUGGCAUCGGACAGGCACGGGGGCUCAGUGCAGGUGGUCAGUUCAACCAAUGGGGAGCUGAAUGCCGAUGACCCUCUGGCAACCCACUCCAACGCACCAAUCACAGUCCAGGCUGAGGUGGAGGUGGUGGAUGAGGCCAACUGCGUGAAAAUGCUCAACCUGUGGUGCUGUUGCUUCUUCAAAAGAAAACGGAAGAAGAACACCCCGCGACACAAAUGAUCAGCAGCACGCCUAGAUCGCUCAAAGUCUUGCUCGAUAAGGUUCUUAAUCGAGAAAAUCAAUGAAGUCCCAUUCAGACCAACGAAGAAGACCACGGGAGAGUGAUGAGAGGCGAUGUGCGCGCACACACACAUACACACAAACACAAACAAGUGUGGCUGUUUGUCGAUGGGAAUUCCUUUUUGAAUUGAGUCGUUUUUCCUCCACGAUGCUUGGGAAUAUUUGGCGGGCCCCGUUGUUGCCGGGAUUGGGAUCUUGGCUUUUGCAAUUAGUUUAAGCUUGAUUGAUGAGCUGGACAAUGGAAACACAACAGACUGUCUGUCAGCCUCCUGCUCUUUCAUAAACACACACUGAAUGUAUGGGCGGGAAGUUAAAUGUCUAUGUGAGAAUUUAGUAGAUGGGACAAGUCCUGGGAGAGGAAAGCUUGUUGGCUACUGACUGACUACAUGUAAAUAAUGGACCAAUAUCAGUUGGAACUGAUACACUUCUAUAAACGCUUUGGACUUCAGCGUAACAAUGUCCACAUGGUAGCAACCGAGUGGGCUUUCCUUCACACUGCACGCUAAGGAGAGAAGAGAGGGAGGUGGUGGCUUGAGUGUCGUCUUUACUGCUACUGUCCAAUGCCUUAAACAAACCAGCACCCCACAGAGCCAGGAGAGGGUGACACAAGAGGCCAGGCUCUCCAUACUGAGAGGAUAUCUAUGGUCCCUGCUUAAUGUAAUGACAUAACAUACCACCCAAUGUGGAGUUCAGUUCCCCACUGGUGGUACAGUAUCUGUAGAAUAGGUGGUUCAGAAAUAAUGUCGACUAGGGGCAACACUUAAGGUUAAUUUGGAUGUUUGUCAGUGAACCGUCAUGUAAAUUUUAGUGCCAUGUCAGCUUUGUGCGUUCAGUCUCUAUCUGCAAUGUUCAUAACGGUGCAACACACUGUGUAAGCCCCUGGUCUCUUACAAUGAUCUCAUGUUCUGUGUCUUUGGGGGAAUGCUCUUUCACAUUUUCUGCCCCUCUGUUUCCAGUGUAUUUUCCCUGUGCUGCAAAGCAUCAUCUGUGAGACCAUUAAUGAUGAUUGAUCCCAAAUGCCAAGUCCCAAAUGGAAAACAUGGGAUUGCCUCAAAAUGAUAUUAAGAAGUAGUACCUGGUGAAAAUCUGUCUAUAUGGUGUUUUUUUCAAUAUCCCUUUGUUUUUCCUUGCAAGUGUCAUGGAGGAUUGCCUUGAACCAACAAACUGGACGUCGACAAUGUCACCAUGCCUAUCCUCUUCACAGCAUUAAUUCAAUAGGAGUGACUUUUGGGUUUUAUGUAAUUAUGUAGAUUUUUUGUUAAAUAUAUAGCUAAUGUGAAUUUCAAAUGUGAGCAAAUGUAUUUUUCUCUUUCAAAUAGCCAUGAAGUAUGAGAAACGGACAGAGGGACAAAAAGCUAGACUUUUGACUGCACUACAUUUGUUGACCCACUGUUAUUGACCUAAGACCUUGCUUUCCCCGUACUGUAUUGAUGGAUGUGCUCAAUAUACUUAAUUGUAGCUUGGCCUUGUGUGCUAGUUCUGUUCUAACAAUACACUUAAACAAUUCUGGCUUUAACCCCCCCCCCCCCCCUCCUUGUUUAACCCCAGUGCCAUGACGUAUGUAAACCCACACAGGCAUACACACCCUAGACAUUAAUGUAUGAUGUGAUGUCGCCUCCUGGUGGGGUGUUGGAUACUGAUGUCCUGGUGACCAUGGUUGUGUUCAGUAGGGCACACUGUUGCCAAACGUUUUGCAACUGUACUCAAUAAACUGUUAUUGUACAAGGUCAGGUAGUACCUCCUCCGUUUUGGAAACUUUUUUUCUCCCUGCUGAACAUGACCCAGGUUGGUCGUCCCAUAUGGAGGCACAAUGCCUGAGGGGACGCCAACCGGCUCAACAGACCUCUAUGAGCAGGCAUGCUUGUAUGUACAUAAUGAUAUUGUAUAUUUUUAUGUUUUCUUUUUUCCCACCAUUGUGACUUGAACUAGUUCCUCUGGGGUCUAAGUUAUUGUGUUGAGAGUACCUGAAUAUGAUACAUCUAUUGGACUUCUGUUGUCUUUUACAUUUUAGAGGUCAGUACGACUGGUGAGGAAAAGGUGUUUUUGAAUGACGGGUAUUCCUCAUAGUGCCUCUUGAAUGGGUGUUUUGAGGGAGGGAUUUGGCAUUGCUGUCCAGCUUGCCUCUGUUGGAUGUCUCUGGGUUCGUGGUUUAGCCUAGGGUUGGAUUGGCAGUCUGUUGUUCAGGGACAUCAGUCGCUGCUGCACAACAGGGUCAGGGGUUCAUGUCAAGCAUGUCAGCAGAAUGGCUCCACCUGCUGGGUGUAUGAAGGCUUUUCUGUCAGGACUUCAAUCCAGUGUUGCUCAGUCUUCUCGGGGUGGGGUGUUGUAGCCCAGCGAUAACACCUCAGUCAGCCAAUCACUAACUCUGUGAAUAUUGGAGUCAUUGUGUGUUAGUGCAGGGCUGGAACAAUAAUGUGCAUCCUCUGGCUGUCUCCUGAGGAUGUUUUGAGAAGCACUACUUUUAAUUGACCCACAGUAGACUAGCCAUUACAGUUACAUACCAGUUCACUUUGAAAGUGUAAGGUAUUGUUGAAUCAAGUGAGACAGACAUCCAGAGAAUGGCCUUGAAUGGUCCCUUCUGUUCCUAAUGCCAUCCUAUGGACUACUAUCCUCCGCCGUCACCUGUGCCAGGAAAGUUUCAACUAGAACUCUGAUGGAAUUCCACCUCGUGUCCCACUGCCCUUUUUUUAUUACAUUUACAUUUAAGUCAUUUAGCAGACGCUCUUAUCCAGAGCGACUUACAAAUUGGAAAGUUCAUACAUAUUCAUCCUGGUCCCCCCAUGGGAAUUGAACUCUGGUCCCCCCGUGGGAAUUGAACCCACAACCCUGGCGUUGCAAGCGCCAUGCUCUACCAACUGAGCCACACGGGACCACGUGUGGCUCAGUUGGUUGUUUCACCCACCUACAGGUGUUUCACCCACCUGUAAUGUUGAAAGAGAACUUUGCGAUUUAAAGUCUAUAUUGUGUUCUUAAGGUGGUUGAGAGUAAUACCAUAAUUAUUGAACCACUUGUCAAUUACUAAUUGUUUUAAUUAACUUUCACUCCUCAACCGUACAUUUCCAUUUCAGUGGACCGUUUUAUUUUGGAGUGGAACGUCACUUGUAUACUUUGAUGUAUCUGUAUCCUACUGUUAACAGGGGUCUUAAUGCAGGUGUUGUAUCACUGUUGAAAUUCAUUUCCUUCCUGCAAUUUUGGCUUUACAGCUGAUCAACAUGAAUACUACAAAUUGAUAUGUGCAUUCUAGUUUCCUCAAGCCUUUCCACGGCCUGUCUAGAAUGAGGGAUAUUUGCUAUAGUGUGUAUUUGCAUGGCUUAUCUGGAGCAGAUGUCUGCCUGUUUUAAUGGCAAGGCUUCCUGGGGUGGAUGUAUGAAGCUAAGCCACCUGUACAAAGUUAUUCUCUCUGGCCAUAAUGGAGCUCUACAAAGUCCUCCCAUUGGCUUGAUAAGUCCUACCCAGAGCACAUUCCAAUUUCAGGUGUCAUUGCUUAUACAGUACUACACCUUGCCUGUCAGUCAGACCUCAUUGCUUUCAAUUGACUUGUGUCUUGUGUUAAUCACCAUUUUAUUUCCUGCAUGUCCAAAUGGCAUGUAAAUCCUUAUAGCAGCGUAGAGGAGAAUGAAUGGAAAGAGAUGGCGAGUCUUUUUUGGGGGGAGGGGGGUUCUCUGGCACUUUCUUCCUGUCGUUGUACUGUAGAGUUGUCUUGGGUUGGUUGUAUAAUAUGCCUGGGAGAGAAGUUGGGUGUGACACAUGACUGCAAUGUUUUAAUUCUUUUAAGUUUUACAGAGUUCACCAUUAUAUAUUUUUUUGUUUUUGUCAGUUGGAUUCUGUUAAAGAAUAUAAAGAUUUUUUUCUUUCAAACUGUGGAAAGUAGAAUUGUACAGUACCACAAGUUUAUCCCCCUACUCUUGCUCUGGCAAUUAUUUUCAAAGCUAUGAUUUAAGAAAUGAAUCCUACAACUGUAUUAUGAAUAUUGUGAUGAAAUAUGAAUGUUACUUCAAAUCUAUUUGAAUGGUUUACCCUAGUUAAGGGCUUCAUGAAUGAAGGACCCAUCUUUUGAUUUCUUUCUUUUUAUUAUAAUUAAAUUUUUAAGUACAGAAAGAUAAAUGACCAGAUUUUUUAUCUGAAAGGCCUAUUUUCCUAGGGAUUCAUGUGAGACGUGUCACAUGUAUCCUUACAAAUUCACUUUUUAUUCCCUCCACGCUUUAAAGGGGAAACACAAGUUUGCACCCUUUUUUUUGGUAAAAAUAAAAAAAAAAAUCUCUUAACCUUU